AUACUAGGCGUAAGGAAAGGGCGUAGGGAGGAAGUUUAUGUUAAGGGACAGUCGUUAGCAAUGGAAUGCUUCCGUUUGUCUACAAAACUCAAGCUCUGCUACAAAGUUCAGAGGAUCGAAACUGCAGAGAAGAACAGACCUCAACAGCGCAGCAGGCAAAAUUAACGGUAAACUAAGUACCAGACAUGGCGCAACCUCUUCUCCAGACGAUGCCCAGUGCCUCAACAGGAACCGUUGUUGUGACCGAACCCCUCUGUUACUGGGGUGGAAACAGGGUACAACCCCGGGAUAGUAAAAACGCGGAGCCGGUCUACGAACCUGCAACUGGGCGUGUCCUGUGCGACAUGGUGCCCUGUGGGUCAGAGGAGGUGGACCUGGCCAUACAGAGUGCCCAUGGAGCGUACCUGAAAUGGAGCAAGAUGUCAGGGAUGGAGAGGGCCCGCGUCAUGCUUGAGGCCGCACGCAUUAUCAGGGAGAGACGAGACGACAUCGCCAAGUUGGAAGUGAUCAACAAUGGCAAGUCAAUCACUGAGGCGGAAGUGGACAUUGAUGUUGCCUGGCAGUGCAUCGAGUACUAUGCUGGCAUAGCAGGCACACUUGCAGGGCAGCACAUCCAGCUUCCAGGGGGAGCCUUUGCCUACACGAGACGGGAAGCCCUUGGUGUCUGUGUGGGGAUCGGCGCCUGGAACUACCCCUUCCAGAUCGCUGCCUGGAAGUCUGCGCCAGCCCUGGCUUGUGGAAAUGCCAUGGUGUUCAAGCCCUCUCCAAUGACCCCAGUGACUGCUGUUAUUCUGGCUGAGAUCUACAAGGAGGCUGGAGUCCCAGAAGGGCUGUUCAAUGUGGUGCAGGGGGGAGCAGAGACAGGGACUAUGCUCUGCCACCACCCCAUGGUGGCUAAAGUCUCCUUUACUGGCAGUGUCCCUACUGGGAAAAAGAUCAUGGAAAUGUCUGCGAAGGGGGUGAAACCUGUGACUCUGGAGCUGGGUGGAAAAUCUCCUCUCAUCAUCUUCAAGGACUGUGAGCUUGAGAAUGCUGUGAAAGGGGCACUUAUGGCCAACUUCCUGUCUCAGGGAGAGGUGUGCUGUAAUGGGACAAGAGUGUACGUGCAGAGGGAAAUCAUGCCUGAAUUCCUGGAGGAGGUCGUCAAAAGGACUAAGGCCAUCCCUGUGGGCGACCCUCUGUUAAAGGCAACCCGGAUGGGGGCGCUGAUCAGCAAGCCACACAUUGAGAAGGUGCUGGGAUUUGUCAGUCAAGCGAAGAAAGAGGGCGCUAAAGUACUUUGCGGGGGCGAACCUUUUGUUCCCAGUGACUCCAAACUGAAAGGCGGCUAUUUCAUGUCACCCUGUGUCCUUGAUAACUGUAAAGACGACAUGACUUGUGUGAAGGAGGAGAUCUUCGGCCCGGUGAUGUCCGUGCUUCCCUUUGACACAGAGGAGGAAGUUCUCAAGAGGGCUAACAACACAACCUUUGGCCUGGCCUCUGGAGUUUUCACCAGGGAUAUAUCCCGAGCUCACAGGGUUGCAGAGAACCUGCAGGCCGGGACAUGCUUCAUCAACAACUACAAUCACAGUUGUGUGGAGCUCCCUUUUGGAGGGUAUAAGAUGUCAGGCUUCGGCAGAGAGAAUGGCACGGUGACCGUCGAGUAUUACUCCCAGCUGAAGACUGUAGUUGUGGAGAUGGGAGAUGUGGAUUGCCUUUUUUAGACACCCGUAACUGUUUUGACGAUUGAUGAAUUCCUAUUCUCCUUUCUUCAAUAAACUAAUUUCUCAAGUGCCA